CAGCUGCCCCCUGGUUUCCCCACCAUAGACAUGGGCCCACAGUUGAAAGUGGUGGAGCGAACACGCACUGCCACCAUGCUCUGUGCUGCCAGCGGCAACCCCGACCCAGACAUCUCCUGGUUCAAAGACUUCCUCCCCGUCAACACCACCAACAACAAUGGACGCAUUAAGCAGCUCAGAUCAGGAGCCCUCCAGAUAGAGCAGAGCGAAGAGUCCGACCAGGGGAAGUACGAGUGCGUGGCCACCAACAACGAUGGAACCCGCUACUCUGCGCCGGCCAACCUUUAUGUCAGAGUGCGCCGGGUGCCACCGCGAUUCUCCAUUCCACCUACAGACAAUGAGAUCAUGCCGGGCGGCAGCGUCAAUAUCACAUGUGUGGCAGUGGGUUCUCCCAUGCCAUAUGUCAAGUGGAUGCUGGGUGCUGAGGAUCUUACGCCAGAGGACGACAUGCCCAUUGGACGGAACGUCUUGGAGCUCACUGACGUCCGGCAAUCGGCCAACUACACCUGUGUGGCCAUGUCAACACUCGGGGUGAUAGAGGCUGUGGCUCAGAUAACGGUGAAGGCGUUGCCCAAGGCUCCCGGCAUCCCUGUCGUGACGGAGCGCACCGCCACCAGCAUAACGCUGACUUGGGACUCUGGCAAUCCCGAACCGGUGUCCUACUACAUCAUCCAGCACAAGUCCAAAUACUCGGAGGACCUGUACAAGGAGAUUGAUGGCGUGGCCACCACGAGGUACAGCGUGGGAGGCCUCAGCCCCUACUCUGACUACGAGUUCCGAGUGGUGGCGGUGAACAACAUCGGGCGAGGGCCACCCAGCGAGAGCAUCGAGGCCAAAACAGCCGAGCAGGCGCCCAGCACGGCACCGAGGCAGGUCCGAGGUCACAUGAUGAGCGCCACCACAGCUGUGAUCCAGUGGGACGAGCCCGAGGAGGCCAACGGGCAGAUCAUGGGCUACCGGGUCUACUACACCAUGGACUCGGCCCAGCACGUCAACCUCUGGGAGAAGCAGAUUGUCCGGGGGUCGAACUUUGUCACCAUCCAGGGCCUCAUCCCAAACAAGACCUACUACAUCAAGGUUCUGGCCUACACCUCCGUAGGCGACGGACCUCUGUCCCCAGACCUUCAAAUCAUCGCCAAGACAGGAGUUCCCUCCCAACCAACCGACUUCAAAGGAGAAGCCAAGUCAGAAACCAGCAUUUUACUGUCAUGGGUUGCCCCGGCGCAGACGGGACAAGAAAAUCAAGUCACCGGAUACGAACUCAUGUACAGAAAGAGAGACGACAAAGACGAGAAACGAAUCAGCUUCGAGCCGACAACCACAUACCUGCUGAAGGACUUGAAGCCCUUCACUACUUAUACUUUUCGGCUGGCUGCUCGUAGUAAACACGGAGUCGGAGCUUACACCAGCGAGAUCUCUGCAGAGACUCCACAGACACAACCCUCGGGCCCGCCUCAAGACGUCAAGUGCUAUAGCCCCAGCUCCACCAACAUCCUGGUAAGUUGGCGGGCGCCCCCAGUGGAAUUACAAAACGGGAUCAUAACGCAAUACACCAUCCAGUACGCCGCGACCGAAGGGGAGGACACUGCCGCUCGCCAAAUCUCCAGCGUCCCUCCGGAAAGCUCCGAGUACCUUCUGGAAAACUUGGAAAAAUGGACAGAGUACCGCGUGACGGUCACUGCUCAUACAGAUGUUGGAGCAGGACCGGAGAGCCUGCCACAGCUCAUCCGCACAGAGGAGGAUGUUCCUAGUGGGCCACCUCGUAAAGUUGAGGUGGAGGCUGUCAACUCCUCAUCAAUUAAAGUGAUCUGGCGUUCACCGAUGCCCACCAAGCAGCACGGUCAGAUCCGAGGGUACCAGGUGCACUAUGUCAGGAUGGUUAAUGGGGAGCCCACAGGACAGCCAGUCAUCAAGGACAUCCUGAUUGAUGAUGCCCAGUGGGAAUAUGAUGAUUCAACUGAACAUGAAAUGAUCAUCACAGAGCUGCAGGCUGAGACCACGUAUUCAGUUACGGUGGCCGCCUACACAACAAAAGGCGACGGUGCGCGCAGCAAACCCAAACUGAUCACCACCACUGGCGCAGUUCCUGAUAAACCUCGGCUUAUGGUCAGUACAACCAACAUGGGCACAGCUCUCCUCCAGUGGCAUCCCCCAGCACUAACCCACGGGCCCCUGCAAGGCUAUCGCCUUCGCUUUGGCCGCAAAGACGUGGAUCCGCUGACUGUCAUUGAGUUCCCCGAGCGAGAGAACCACUACACGACCAAAGAGAUCCAUAAGGGAGCCUCGUACACGUUCCGCCUUUCAGCGCGCAACAAGGUGGGCUUUGGUGAAGAGACGGUCAAAGAAGUCACCACCAACGAGGACGUACCGAGCGGCUACCCUCAGAGCAUCACAGCCGAGGGCGCCACCACCUCCACCAUUCAGGUCAGCUGGCAGCCUGUUUUGCUGGCGGAGAGAAACGGCCAAAUAGUGAAAUACGCUCUGCAGUAUAAGGACAUCAACAGCCCACGCAGCCCCUCAGAACUCUUCAUCACCGCCCCGGAAUCAACAGUCAUCCUGGAUGGCCUUAGGGCAGAUACCACUUAUGAUAUUAAAAUGUGUGCCUUCACCAGCAAGGGCUCUGGUCCCUAUAGCCCAAGUGUCCAAUUCAGGACACAGCCUGUGGAUCAAGCAGUGUUUGCAAAAAAUUUUCACGUAAGAGCUGCCAUGAAGACAUCAGUGUUGCUGACAUGGGAAAUUCCUGACACCUACAACCCCGCUCAACCUUUCACUAUCCUCUACGACAACGGGCAAAGCGUGGAGGUGGACGGGAAGUUAACGCAGAAGCUGAUCACCGGUCUGCAGCCUGAGACGCAGUACUCCUUCCUCCUGACUAACCGGGGCAACAGCGCCGGAGGUCUGCAGCAUCGCGUGUCCACCAUGACGGCCCCCGACAUCCUGCGCACCAAACCCUACCUGAUUAGCAAAACCAACUCGGACGGGAUGGUGACCGUAGAGCUACCAACGGUGCAGACGUCAGAGAGAGUGAGGGGGUAUUACAUCGUGGUUGUUCCUCUGAAGAAGCAGCGCACUGGCAAGUUUUUCAAGCCUUGGGACAAUCCAGAUGAGAUGAAUCUAGAGGAGCUGCUGAAGGAGAUAAACCGAACGAGCAGAGGCCUUCGGUUCCAGCGGCAGGCAGAACCCAGAGCCUAUAUCGCUGCUUACUACAAAGACCUGCCCAAAGACUUCACCCUGGGAGACGGCAAGAUGUACGGGGACUUUGAAAACAAGCAACUCGAGACCGGCCUGGAAUAUAUCUUCUUCGUGCUCGCUGUCCUGGAGAUGUCUGAAAACAUCAUGUACGCCACCAGUCCCUACUCCGACCCGGUUGUGUCGGCCGGCAUCCCACCGCAGCCGGUCAUCGACGAGGAGGAGGGUCUCAUCUGGGUGGUGGGCCCCGUUCUGGCUGUUGUCUUCAUCAUAUGCAUCGUCAUUGCCAUCCUUCUAUACAAGAGAAAAAGAGCAGAAUCUGAAGCUAGAAAAGGUAGUCUCCCCAACAGCAAGGAAAUGCCGCUUCACCACCCCACCGACCCGGUCGAGCUUCGCCGUCUCAACUUCCAAACGCCCGGUUCAGGUGCGCCCAGUCACCCCAGUAACCUCCAUUUGUCAAGCAUGGCCAGUCACCCUCCGAUCCCCGUCAUGGACUUGGCAGAUCAUCUAGAGCGCCUGAAAGCCAACGACAACCUCAAGUUUUCCCAGGAAUAUGAGUCCAUCGACCCUGGACAGCAGUUCACAUGGGAGCACUCCAACCUUGAGGUCAACAAACCAAAGAACAGAUAUGCCAACGUGAUUGCCUACGACCAUUCCAGAGUCUUACUCUCUGCUAUUGACGGCAUCCCUGGAAGCGACUACAUAAAUGCCAACUACAUAGACGGCUACAGGAAGCAGAACGCCUACAUCGCCACCCAGGGAUCCCUGCCAGAGACAUUUGGUGAAUUCUGGAGGAUGAUCUGGGAGCAGAGGAGCGCCAUCGUCGUCAUGAUGACCAAGCUGGAGGAGAGGUCCAGGGUAAAAUGCGACCAGUACUGGCCCACGAGAGGGACGGAAACGUACGGUCUCAUCCAAGUGACACUGCUGGACACAGUGGAGCUGGCCACGUACUGUGUCAGGACAUUUGCACUUUUUAAAAACGGCUCCAGCGAGAAGAGGGAGGUGAGGCAGUUCCAGUUCACGGCCUGGCCAGACCACGGGGUACCGGAGCACCCCACCCCGUUCCUGGCCUUCCUGAGACGGGUGAAAGCUUGCAAUCCUCCAGAUGCGGGGCCCAUGGUGGUACACUGCAGUGCUGGGGUGGGACGCACAGGUUGCUUCAUCGUGAUUGAUGCCAUGCUGGAACGGAUCAAGCACGAGAAGACUGUGGACAUCUACGGGCACGUAACGCUAAUGCGUGCCCAGCGCAACUACAUGGUGCAGACAGAGGACCAGUAUGUCUUCAUACAUGACGCGCUCCAGGAGGCCGUCAACUGCGGCACCACCGAAGUGCCCGCCAGAAACCUAUACGCCUACAUCCAGAAACUGACCCAGAUAGAGGGUGGAGAGAAUGUCACUGGCAUGGAACUUGAGUUCAAGCGUUUAGCUAACACUAAAGCCCAUACGUCACGAUUCAUCAGUGCCAAUCUCCCCUGCAACAAGUUCAAGAACCGCCUUGUUAACAUAAUGCCAUACGAGUCCACACGAGUGUGUCUUCAGCCCAUCCGAGGAGUUGAGGGCUCUGACUACAUCAAUGCCAGUUUCAUUGAUGGGUAUAGGCAACAGAAAGCCUACAUUGCAACACAGGGACCAUUGGCAGAGACCACGGAGGACUUCUGGAGAAUGCUCUGGGAGCACAACUCAACUAUUGUCGUUAUGCUCACCAAGCUUAGGGAAAUGGGCAGGGAAAAAUGCCACCAGUACUGGCCAGCAGAGAGGUCGGCCAGAUACCAGUACUUUGUGGUGGACCCCAUGGCCGAGUAUAACAUGCCCCAGUAUAUCCUGAGAGAGUUCAAAGUGACUGAUGCCAGGGACGGACAGUCGCGGACGGUAAGGCAGUUUCAGUUCACGGACUGGCCUGAACAAGGAGUGCCAAAGUCAGGAGAGGGCUUCAUCGAUUUCAUCGGCCAAGUACAUAAAACAAAAGAGCAGUUCGGCCAAGAUGGUCCUAUCUCGGUCCACUGUAGCGCUGGUGUUGGUAGAACCGGAGUUUUCAUCACCCUCAGCAUCGUGUUGGAACGAAUGAGAUACGAGGGCGUAGUAGACAUCUUUCAGACAGUGAAAAUGUUACGGACACAAAGACCAGCUAUGGUGCAGACAGAGGAUCAAUACCAGUUCUGCUACAGAGCUGGCUUGGAGUACUUGGGAAGCUUUGAUCACUAUGCAACGUAAAAGACCCAGUAUUGGAAGAUAAAAGCAGAGGGCCCUUUGGAAAAAGAAAUCCCAGUGAGCCUCUCUUCUGAGCCAUAAAUUCCUGCUUGAGAAAGUACUCCUUAACUCCUUGCUAACAACUCAUUAAGUGUUGGAUGUGCGACAUGACUUGUCAAAAAAUGAAAAAGAUGAUUCCCGGAGGACCAAGUAUUUCCCCAAAAACCCCCCCAAUAAAAAACCUUGCCUUUGACACAAAGUGAGGGAAUCCUGACUGUUGAAGCAUCGUACGGAAUUACCUUUUCUUUUGCUUCAAGGAUUCAUUUUUUGGGGGCUCAUAAAACUGAAUGAAACCAACACAACAAAAAAGUAAAUGAACAAUAAUGACAUCGUCAGAAAUGCAUCAGUGAUUAUGAACCAUUACGAGAGGCAUCGGAGGCACACAGGAUUGCGGGGAGGCGGGGGGGAGAGAGAGAAAAACUCGAUGCACAUUGUAAAGAAAAAAAAAAUGAAAAAAAUCUGUUUCACAAUCAAGUACACACAGAACAACCCAUCGCAAAAGAAGACAAUGCUUGGUCCACAAGAGCAGGACAGACUUAAAGUAAUAAUGAAUAAAUA